AUUCUUUCCAAGGUCAAAUAUUUGGUGAGUGUAGUUUUAUCCCAGUAGGCUCUGGUCUUCUUCUCAAUGCUGCGUGGUCCCAGCUUUAGUUAAUCUCCCCCCAAUGUGUUGCCUAUUUGCUUCUCCUCAUCUUCUCUUUAGCAGAAAGAAGUCGAAGUUUGGGAAGACCUAUCCCUAUGCACUAAUCUAAAUGACCUCUUCAAGAAACAGGCAUGCAUUUGCUAGUUUUCCAUUAAAUUAUCUCUUGCUUUUUUUUGCCCUGUUCCUAUUAAAAGAAGCGUGCUUGCAAUACAAGAGAAGUUUUGAACAAAGACCAAUGCUGACUACCAUGUGACCUCCCCAGACCAGCUAAUUGUCCAUAUACAAUAGCAGAACAAAGGACAGGAUUUCCUCUACAGUUCUGGGCUACCCUGCCAGGGUCAUCUGAUCAGUGAACGGGCACACAUUUCGAUCACUGAUUCUGAGCAGGAUGAGGCAAAGGGCUACCUUCCUACAAAGAGUUCCUGCAUAUAAUGACUUAAAUGUCUGCAGAUCAUUCCAUGCAGAAGUAUAAUAUGACCCAGGACAAUCUCCGCGCAGCACCAUUCAACUUGUUCAUCCUCGUUUUUGGAGCUGGAUUUCUAUUCCUCGUAUUUUGCCUUAUUUUUUGCUGCUAUUUCUUCAGAUUGAAACAUCAGGAACAAUACAGGAGGCGAGGAUAUAAAAAGGUAGUCUUAAAAGACAAAACAAAGAGAGCCAACCUUGUUGGGCAAAUGUGUGCAGUGUGUCUGGAAGAAUUCAAGGUUAAGGAAGAACUUGGACUGUGUCCUUGUACCCAUGCCUUUCACACAAAGUGCCUCAUGAAAUGGUUAGAGGUGCGAAACGCUUGUCCAAUGUGCAAUAAAACCAUCUCCGUGCCAAUACCAAGACCCUCUUUGGAACACAUGUGAAUGUACGACUUAACAUGUAUACAGUUCAAUUGUUUCUAUAGACCAGUUGCUGAUUCACAACUAAGUGGCUGAGGAAUGGAACAUGUACUAGCAAUCAAGUUACUGUAAAAAAAAAAAAAAUGUACACUGGCAUAGCAAUGACAAGGGUUUGCCCAGCUGCAGCGCAGACAGCUUUAUGGGCUAUUUGGGGUGGCGGCUAUCUGAUUGGGUAUGAGAUAUUGCUUCAAUGAAAGCCGUAUAUGGAAACUGCAUAACAUGUCAAUCAGUUAGUAUUAAACUACAGCCAAAAAUAGAUUGGGUAACCAUGAAGAGACACAUAAUGGAACCUGAAACCCGAGUAGAGGUUAAAGUAAGUUGCAAGGCUGAAAGUCAAGAAGGAAAAAAAAUUAAAAAAAAAGAAGAAAUGUAUUUACAUUAAAUAAAAUGAAAAACACAAUAGAAAUGGGGAGCACGGGAAGUGCUGCAUGGAAAUGUGGUAAGAUAAUGUCAAAUGUUUUCCUAAAGGAAACCUGUCAUUUCAGAACUAUAGUAGGCUAUUCUUGCUGGCCUGUCUUGAAAUUCUCUGGCUGUCCUAUGUAUCCCCAAAUCCUAAUUUUGUCAUAUUUUUAAGGAAAUAUGGGUGGUUUUAUUUGGAGCACUUUUUAAAGACUAUUAUUAUUAUACAGGAUUUAUAUAGCUCCAACUGUUUGUGCAGAGCGUUGCAAUAUAAAGUGGGACACUACAGUUAUAACUAGCGGUCGACCGAUAUGGGUUUUUCUCUGGCCGAUAUUUAGAAAUCGGGGCAGCCGAUGGCCGAUAUAUGA